AUGUGGGCGGAACAGCUGUUUAAGACACGAAUACGUAUUUCCACUUUCCUUUAGCUAGCAGGCCAGAAAAAACUGGUCGGAUAUUCAGAUUAUAUUCAAGGACUUGUAACUGAUCUUUAAAGGUGAUCAAGUUAAAGUUCAGUCGCUGGAAGCUAAGGUGGGUAAAGACAUUUUAUCGGCCUGACAUUGUGAGAGACUGAUCAUCCUCACCUCAUCUGCGUUGCCAGACAGUUGAGGAUAACCAAGAAUGAUAACUGUUGUUAGCUAGCCAGCUAACGUUAGCGCUGAAACCUCUGCUGUACCAUAGGCUGGUAGCUAACUAUCUAUGCUAAUGCUCAGCUUGCCAGAUAAAAUGACAAGCUCAUUAGCCGUAGUUAGUUACCUAAGUAGGCACUUUCAGAGUGGUGAUCCUCAUUAUACCUGCCACUUUCUGAUCUGACAAACCGUAGAUAGCUAACUAGGUAUUUAGUCUGUGUAAAUCAAUUCUACUUCGCUUGCAUAACACAGUGUAAACGUGUCCAAACAAUGUCUUUCAUCUUUUUUUCCACGUUUCAAUGUUGUGACUAAGUAUUAGCUAACAAGCUAACGUUACAUCUUGCAGCUGGAGAUGGAUAACAUUUUGUAGUCCUCCGCAUUGGAAGAGACCUUUCUGUUGUUCCAGCCCAACAAAUCUGGGCUAUGUGCAAGGCACCAUAAGACUCCCAAGAGGACACUAACAGGUGGUUUAAAACAUGGACCAGGGUGUUGCCGACAGUCCUGUUAUCCUUGUCAUCAAGGCACCCAACCAGAAGUAUGAUGACCAGACCAUUAACUGCUUCCUGAACUGGACAGUGGAGAAACUAAAAACCCAUAUCUCACAUGUAUAUCCCAGUAAACCGGUGAGUAGGCUCUGGUUUACAUACAGUGAGAUUAGUCUCAGUUUUCAUUUCCCUUGAGGUCUGUUAAGAUCAAUUAUGUAUAUAAACCCUGGAUUGCUGAUGCUAUGUAUUGGCCAAUGAGAAGCUUCGAAGCCACCGGUCGGCCAUAUUGGCACUCCCCAGAAGAAGCAGUCCUCAUGUUUCAAUUAAAUGUUUCAAGGACAGAAUUACAUGUAUUUAAAUAUAUAUAUAUAUAUAUAUAUAUAAUAAUUGUAGUGGGGACAGUAACAUUAGUACUUUAUAGAAAUUAUGUAUUUUUAUGUUUAGCUCACAUAAUAUAAUUUAAAAGUAUGCAUCAAGGUGUCUAACAAAAUAAACGUGGCAAAAACAAAUGUAGACGUUAAUACAUGUACUAUUACCAGUGGGAAUGAGAUUUUUAAACCCAUCACAGCAUCCAAAGGAAUGUCAAAACACACCUUGGCAAACUACUCUAGGGGAAAAAGAGAGGUGGGAGGAGGAGAAAGCAAUGAAGAAAGGUUGUGCUAAGCAUAUAUUUGAAAAUAGUAUUGGCUUGAAAGUGUGUAGAUUUGAUGUCAGGCUGGAAGGAGGGCAGUGAGAUUACUUUGUUCUCCCCUAUAAUCUGAUUUAAUUACGGUUCCUGCUCAGUAAUCAUUGUAAACACUGAACACUUAACAGCACUCUUGUCUAGUAAUCAGUCUGUUGUCUGUUCUCCAACUUCUCUGGUUAGUGUCAUCGAUCUCAUUACUGUUUACCAUAAUAGUUUUAACCAGGUGACGGAGCCUUAACAAAAACAGUCUGUUGAAAACAUACGAUUUUGGUUUAGAUUUCAGCAUUACUGUAGGACUGACAUCACAAGAAUUGCAAUGUAUACUCAAAAAUGGCAAGCUACCACUGGCGCUGUCAUUACCCUACUACAGCUACUAUGUCUAGCCUAAUCCUUGGUUUCCUAACUCCUGUCAAUCCGAUUAACUAAACUGCCCUAUGUACAGUGCCUUCAGAAAGUAUUCACACCUGUUAUUUUCCCACAUUUUGUUGUGUUACUGCUUGAUUUUUAAAUGGAUUAAAUUGAGAUUUUGUCACUAGCCUGCACACAAUACCCCACAAUGUCAAAGUGGAAUUAUGUUUAGGGAAUUUUUUACAAAUGAAUAAAAAAUGAAAAGCUUAAAUAAGUACAGGAGUACAAAUGUGCUUAACAAGUCACAUAAUAAGUUGCAUGGACUCACUCUGUGUGCAAUAAUAGUGUUUAACAUGAUUUUUGAAUGACUACCUCAUCUUACAAUUAUCUGUAAGGUUUUUCCAGGAUAAAAAAAUAAACUAAAUGGAGCUAAGCAUAGGCAAAAUCCUAGUGGAAAACCUGGUUGUCUGCAUUCCACCAGGCAUUGGGAGAUGAAUUCACCUUUCAGCAGAACAAUAACCUAAAACACAAGGGCAAAUCUACGCUGGAGUUGCUUACCGAGAAGACAGUGAAUGUUCCUGAGUGGCCGAGUUACAGUUUUGACUUAAAUCUACUUGAAGAUCUAUGGCAAGACCUGAAAAUUGUGUCUAGCAAUGACCAACAUCCAAUUUGACGGAGCUUGAAGAAUUUCACUGCCAAAGGUGUGAAUGCUUAUGUAAAUGAUGAUUUCUGUGUUUUAUUUUCAAUACAUUUGCAAAAAUGUCUAAAAACAUGUUUUCACUUUGUCAUUAUGAAUUCAGGCUGUAACACAACAAAAUGUGGAAUAAGUCAAGGGAUAUGCAUACUUUCUGAAGGCACUGUAGCUAGUGGUGUGGGCCUUUCCAGUUACCUUAGGAUCAACCGUUUGAUCUUGUGAUCUCCAACUGCCCUUUGUCUAACAUGCUGACUAGACCGGUGAAUGUUAAUUUUGUCCAUCCACACCAGACGCGAUCAGGACACGCAGGUUGAAAUAUUGAAACGAACUCUGAACCAACUAUAUUAAUUUGGGGACAGGUCUAAACACAUGCAACAUUCAUGGCCAUUUAGCUAGCUUGCUGUUGCUAGCUAAUUUGUCCUGGGAUAUAAACAUUGGGUUGUUAUUUUACCUGAAAUGAACAAGGUCCUUUUUUUCUUUGUAGAAUUUUGACCCAUUAUGAGUCACACAAAAUCGUGUGUUCUCUACUCUGACAAUUAAUCCACAGAUAAAAGGGGAAACCUAGUUGGUUUCUAGUAAUCUCUCCUUCAGUCUUCUGUGGACUUUAUAUGGCGGUUGGCAACCAACUUUAAGGUGUAUUACCACCACCAACUGGACUGGAGUGUGCACCUCAGUUCAUCUUUCAAUCACCCAUGUGGGUAUAUGCUCAUAAAAACCAAUGAGGAGAUGGGAGAGGCGGGACUUGCAGCGCAUCAAGCGUAAAAAAUAGAACCAAGUUCUAUUUUAGCACCUGGCUACGCAGACUUGUGAGCAGUUUGGAUGAAAUGAUUGAAUAACAUGGAUGUAUACAUUUAUUUUGCAGCGCACAUAACGCGAGCGGUGUGGUCAGCAUGUAAGGCUAGUCUCGCGUUGCCAUCCUUCCAAGUCUCAUCCGUCACAGUCUGGGAGCUGAGGCUAGUCUAAGCUAUUCUAUUUAUUUAAAUCACUACUACUUAUAUGUUCUUAUGAAAUGUAAGAAAGUGAAUGGCAAUCUUCACCGGACCCAAAGUGAAGGAAAGCGAAAGGAAAACCCCUGUUUUCAGGGGUUAUCAAAUCAAUUAAUUAAAUGUACUUUAUAAAGCCCUUUUUACAACAGCAGUUGUCAAAAAGUGCUUUACAGAUGCCCAGCCUAAAACCCCAAAGAGCAAGUAAUGCAGAGACCGAAGCACAGUGGCUAGGAAAAACUUGAUAGAAGGCAGGAACCUAGGAAGAAACCUAGAAAGGAACCAGGCUCCGAAGGUUGGCCAGUCCUCUUCUGGCUGUGCUGAGUAGAGAUUUAAGAGUAGAUGUGGCCAUUAAGGCCAGAUCGUUUUCAAGACUGUCAUAGAUGACCAGCAGGGUCAGGUAAUAAAUCAGCUGUUCUAUGUCCUCAACUGUCUGAUUUUUAUUGCAGAGCUUCAAAGACCAGAGGCUGGUGUAUUCUGGGAAGCUCCUCUUGGAUCACUUAAUACUGAAAGAUGUGCUCAGAAAGGUCUGUAUGCUGCAUUCAUUUUCUUAUCUUUCAUCUUCACAUAGAUAUUCUGUUCAGAGAUUACGGCAAUGUAUGCAUUCAUCCUAGAUCUCAUUCUUAAAGUCAAGCUGAUUCCUCUGAUUGUACUUUGUCAACGCAAUAGUGUGGCUGUCCUUGCUAAUGGCCACGGAUGACUCUUACAGCAGGAUGAGUACCACAUGGUCCACCUGGUGUGUGCAUCACGCACGCCUCCUGGUUCCCCCAAGCUCCAUAGCAGCCACAGUAACAAGGCCCCUGGAGUCCCCUCUACAAGCUUCACAGUGAGUUACCCUUAUGCAUGCAUCACCCAUCAUACUGCUCUGUUCAUUGCCACUCAUUUCAACAUCCCAGCACACCUAGGGCUAGCCUGAGUCUGUUUGUGCUAUCAUGCCAACACCUUGUCACUCAUUGUCAUGCCAAAAAUGGCUUGACAAUGAGCUAUGGAGUUGGCAAGAGCACAAACAGAUCUGGGACCAGGCUAACCUAGGCCUACUCUCUAUUGUAAUCCAUACAGCUCCUGAUGAAUGAAAAGUUUGUUAAGUAGAGUUAGAGAAGUAAAAUAAUCAACUUAUUUGUUUGUUUUCUCAGACGGGUCAGAGCCCCAGUCUCCCCUCCCAUAGCCAAGAUGGCCAAUCAACCUCCACAGUAGAGAGCUCUGAUGGGCUGAGACAUCGCACAGGCCCCGCCCCUAACCAUGCAGCACACCCUGCCUUUAUGAUAGAGUAAGUCCUUAUACACCAACCUCUCAAUUAUAACAGGGUUAGUUCUGGCCACAUGUUAUGAUUGGCCAAGAGGUGUACUACUGUUUAGAGUUCUCACUUCCUUUUUUUAUUUUUUUUAUUUCACCUUUAUUUAACCAGGUUAGCCAGUUGAGAACAAGUUCUCAUUUACAACUGCGACCUGGCCAAGAUAAAGCAAAGCAGUGCGAUAAAAACAACAACACAGAGUUACAUAUGGGGUAAACAAAACAUAAAGUCAAAAAUACAACAGAAAAUAUAUAUACAGUGUGUGCGACUAUAGUAAGUUAUGGAGGUAAGGCAAUAAAUAGGCCAUAGUGCAAAAUAGUUACAAUUUAGUAUUAACACUGGAAUGAUAGAUGUGCAAAAUAUGAUGUGCAAAUAGAGAUACAGGGGUGCAAAUUAGCAAAAUUAAAUAAUAUGGGGAUGAGGUAGUUGGGUGGGCUAAUAUCAGAAAGGCUGUGUACAGGUGCAGUGAUCGGUAAGCUGCUUUGACAACUGACGCUUAAAGUUAGUGAGGGAGAUAAGUCUCCAGCUUCAGAGAUUUUUGCAGUUCGUUCCAGUCAUUGGCAGCAGAGAACUGGAAGGAAUGGCGGCCAAAGGAGGUGUUGGCUUUGGGGAUGACCAAUGAGAUAUACCUGCUGGAGCGCAGACUACGGGUGGGUGUUGCUAUGGUGACCAGCGAGCUAAGAUAAGACGGGGAUUUGCCUAGCAGUGAUUUAUAGAUGACCUGGAGCCAGUGGGUUUGGCGACGAAUAUGUAGUGAGGGCCAGCCAACGAGCGUACAGGUCACAAUGGUGGGUAGUAUAUGGGGCUUUGGUGACAAAACGGAUGGCACUGUGAUAGACUACAUCCAAUUUGCUGAGUAGAGUGUUGGAGGCUAUUUGGUAAAUGACAUCGCCGAAGUCAAGGAUCGGUAGGAUAGUCAGUUUUACGAGGGCAUGUUUGGCAGCAUGAGUGAAGGAGGCUUUGUUGCGAAAUAGGAAGUCGAUUCUAGAUCUAACUUUUGAUUGGAGAUGCUUAAUGUGAGUCUGGAAGGAGAGUUUACAGUCUAACCAGGCACCUAGGUAUUUGUAGUUGUCCACAUACUCUAUGUCAGACCCGCCGAGAGUAGUGAUUCUAGUCGGGUGCGCGGGUGCAAGCAGCGUUCGGUUGAAGAGCAUGCAUUUAGUUUUACUAGUGUUUAAGAGCAGUUGGAGGCAACGGAAGGAGUGUUGUAUGGCGUUGAAGCUUGUUUGGAGGUUUAUUAACAGUGUCCAAUGAAGGGCCAGAUGUAUACAAAAUGGUGUCGUCCGCAUAGAGGUGGAUCCGAGCACCAGCAGCAAGAGCGACAUCAUUGAUAUACACAGAGAAUAGAGUCGGCCCGAGAAUUGAACCCUGUGGCACCCCCAUAGAGACGGCCAGAGGUCCAGACAACAGGCCCUCCGAUUUGACACAUUCAACUCUAUCUGAGAAGUAGUUGGUGAACCAGGCGAGGCAGUCAUUAGAGAAACCAAGGCUAUUUAGUCUGCCAAUAAGAAUGCGGUGGUUGACAGAGUCGAAAGCCUUGGCCAGGUCGAUGAAGACGGCUGCGCAGUACUGUCUUUUAUCGAUCGCGUUUAUAAUAUUGUUUAGGACCUUGAGCGUGGCUGAGGUGCACCCAUGACCAGCUCGGAAACCGGAUUGCAUAGCGGAGAAGGUACGGUGGGAUUCGAAAUGGUCGGUGAUCUGUUUGUUAACUUGGCUUUCAAAUACUUUCGAAAGGCAGGGCAGGAUGGAUAUAGGUCCAUAACAGUUUGGAUCUAGAGUGUCACCCCCAAUCUCUGGGGAUCUCAGACGUUACGAAAGAGAGGUUGAACAGGCUAGUAAUAGGGGUUGCGACAAUUUCGGCGGCUAAUUUUAGAAAGAAAGGGUCCAGAUUGUCUAGCCCAGCUGAUUUGUAGGGGUCCAGAUUUUUCAGCUCUUUCAGAACAUCAGCUGUCUGAAUUUGUGUGAAGGAGAAGCGGGGGGGGCAUGGGCAAGUUGCAGCGGAGGGUGCAGAGCUGGUGGCCGGGGUAGUGGUAGCCAGGUGGAAAGCAUGGCCAGCCGUAGCAAAAUGCUUGUUGAAAUUCUCGAUUAUUGUAGAUUUAUCGGUGGUGACAGUGUUUCCUAGCCUCAGUGCAGUGGGCAGUUGAGAGGAGGUGCUCUUAUUUUCCAUGGACUUUACAGUGUCCCAAAACUUUUUGGAGUUAGUGCUACAGGAUGCAAAUUUCUGUUUGAAAAAGUUAGCCUUUGCUUUCCUAACUGAUUGUGUAUAUUGGUUCCUGACUUCCCUAAAAAGUUGCAUAUCGCGGGGGCUGUUCGAUGCUAAUGCAGUACGCCACAGGAUGUUUUUGUGCUGGUCAAGGGCAGUCAAGUCUGAGGAGAACCAGGGGCUAUAUCUGUUCUUAGUUCUGAAUUUUUUGAAUGGGGCAUGCUUAUUUAAGAUUGAGAGGAAAGCAUUUUUAAAGAACAACCAGGCAUCCUCUACUGACGGAAUGAGGUCAAUAUCCAUCCAGGAUACCCGGGCCAGGUCAAUUAGAAAGGCCUGCUCGCUAAAGUGUUUUAGGGAGCGUUUGACAGUGAUGAGGGGUGGUCGUUUGAUCGCGGACCCAUUACGGACGCAGGCAAUAAGGCAGUGAUCGCUGAGAUCCUGGUUGAAGACAGCAGAGGUGUAUUUAGAGGGUUAAUUUGUCAGGAUGAUAUCUAUGAGGGUGCCCAUGUUUACAGAUUUAGGGUUGUACCUGGUAGCUUCGUUGAUAAUUUGUGUGAGAUUGAGGGCAUCUAGUUUAGAUUGUAGGUUGGCCGGGGUGUUAAGCAUAUCCCAGUUUAGGUCACCAAGCAGUACGAACUCUGAGGAUAGAUGGGGGGCAAUCAGUUCACAUAUGGUGUCCAGGGCACAGCUCGGGGCUGAGGGGGGUCUGUAGCAAGCAGCAACAGUGAGAGACUUAUUUCUGGAAUGGUGGAUUUUUAGAAGUAGAAGCUCAAACUGUUUGGGCACAGACCUGGAUAGUAUAAUAGAGCUCUGCAGGCUAUCUCUACAGUAGAUUGCAACCCCACCCCCUUUGGCAGUUCCUAUCGAGACGGAAAAUGUUGUAGUUGGGGAUGGAAAUUUCAGAAUUUUUGGUGGCCUUCCUAAGCCAGGAUUUAGACACUGCUAGAACAUCAGGGUUGGCGGAGUGUACUAACGCAGUGAAUAACUCAAACUUAGGGAGGAGGCUUUGGAUGUUAACGUGCAAGAAACCAAGGCUUUUACGAUUACAGAAGACAACAAAUGAUAACGCCUGGGGAGUAGGAGUGAUACUGGGGGCUACAGGCCCUGGGUUAACCUCUACAUCACCAGAGGAACAGAGGAGGAGUAGAAUAAGGAUAUGGCUAAAGGCUUUAAGUACUGGUCUUCUAGUAUGUUGGGUACAGAGAAAAAAAGGGGCAGGUUUCCGGGCGUUGUAGAAUAGAUUCAGGGCAUUAUGUACAGAAAAGGAUAUGGAAGGAUAUGAGUACAGUGGAGGUAAACCUAACCAUUGGGUAACGAUGAAAGAGAUGGCAUCACUGGAGGCACCGAUUGAGUCGGUCUCCGCGUGUAUUGGGGGUGGGACAAAGGAGCGAUCUAAGGCAGGGCUGGGGGAUCUACAGUGAAAUAGUACAAUAAGAAAUAACCGAAACAGCAAUAAGCAAGGCAUAUUGACAUGGGAGAGAGGCAUAAAGCAAUCACAGGUGUAAUUCGAGAGAGCUAAGACAGCAGCUGGUAAUGGCGACAAAGUUUGGGCUGAGGCUAAACAUAAACAGGAUGCGGUACCGUAAAAAGGAACAGUCCAGCAGGCAUCAGCUGUAUAGCUGAGUUAUCAUAAGGUCUGGUGAACAGCAAUAGGAUAGUUCGGAGGUAGUUCGGGGGCUGCUAUAGCACUAGCGAGCAAGAGGCCACGGCUAGCGUGUGCUAGCGGGCCGGGGCUAGCAGAUGGAUCUUCGUGGUCGAUGUCGUAACGGGAAGCCUGUUGUAACCACAUCAGACGAUUUCGUCGGCAGACCAGUCGUGUUGGAUCGGCGGGGCUCCGUGUCAACACUAGGAGGUCCCGUCCGGUUGACAGAGCGGUAGAUAGCCGGGAGAUGGGCCUGGCUCAAGGCUAACUCAGGGCUGAUUAGCCAACCACAAACGUCCAUUUGGUUGCAGCUAGCUGGUAGCGAUGAAUCCGGUGUUAAAGGUCCAGUGAUUCAGUGAUUCCGGCAGAAAAACCGAUAUGUUCAGGGUCGAUUACGCGCUGUGCAGACUGCAGACUGGCCGAAAUAAUAGUCCAGGCUAGAGCUGGCUGGCUGGUAGGUAGUGCAGGCCACGGCUACGGACAAUGGUGAAGACCGCUAACGGUGGCUAAUAGCAAGUAGCUAGUUAGCUGGCUAAUUUCAGCCAGAGGUUCUGGAUAAAAAAUUUAUGAAGAAACAACAGAAUCCGUUCCACAUUGGGUGAGGCGGGUUGCAGGAAGGUAUAUUUAGUUAAAGGAUGGAAAGUGAGAUUGAGAAAUAUAUACGAAAAAGACAAAAAAAACAAAAAACUGGCUAUUUACAUAAGGACACUCAGAAAACACGACCGCACUGCUAUGCCGUCUUGGGGAGUAAUAGAUUAGUGUUUGUAUGUGUUAAUUGUUCUACUGGUAAUGCCAAACCGUUUACCCAUAGCUGUGUACUUCUAUUGCAGCUACAUGUGGAACCAGUUCCCUCCACAGCAACACCCUCCCAACAACAUGCCAGCCUACCCUGGCAUACAGUACAAUCCCAUGACGCUGCUGUGGUGGCAGCAGGUGUACGCCCGGCAAUACUACAUGCACUAGUAAGUCUGCUGUCUCACAACUGUGUGACAAUAUGCUCAAUUACCCUUGCUGUGUCAUGCAAUUAUUCUCCUUUCUCUGUCUCGCCCUUCAGUCUGAUGUUGGCUGCCUCGUCUCACCACCUCAGGCCUGACCUGCUCUCGGCCCAGCCCGGCCAAUCAGAUCCUCAGAACCUGCCUCCCGCUGAGGAGCGCCGUGGCGAGCCCGACAUCCAGAUGAAUGCCCAAGGAGGGGAGGCGCAUUUGAACGAGGAGGAGCAGAACCAUGAUUGGCUGGACUGGGUGUACACGGUGUCACGCGUUGCCAUCUUGCUCAGCAUUGUCUACUUCUACUCCUCCUUUAGCCGCUUUGUCAUGGUGAUGGGCGCAAUGUUGUUGCUAUACCUGUGAGUAUUCCCCUGCACCCUCUCAACUUAAAACUAUGUGUCCCUGCUAACGGUGACAUAGUAGACUGAUCCCAGAUCUGUAUGUGCUGUCUUGCCAAUAUCCAUAGUGAUAGCUAUACAGCUCUGGGAUCAGGCUAGAGACAUUCAAUAUAUUUGUAGAAAUUGUGUAAAUGGAAAAUGAGAUUGUUCUGAAUCCUUUAAAUUAACCCUAUACCUUUCUAUCUGGGUCUUCUUGGGUCUUUGACCCAACAAAUGUGUUGUGAACGGUCACCCAUUAUGUAUCACAGGUUUUGUCAAUGGCUGUUUCUCUGUGUUUACAUUAGGCACCAAGCAGGGUGGUUCCCCUUUACCCUGGAGAAUGAAUUUCAGAACCAUGGGGAUGGGCCCCACCAGGAUGAGAUGGAGGCCGACCUUCAUCAUGACCUCCAAGAGAUGGUAGGUCAUCUUUAACCUCUGACCAUUAACCUCUAGUUUAAGUGCUUCUGAAUAUCAGGACAGAUAACUCCUUGAAUGAUGCAGUAAUUUAAUUUGUAAUAGCACUGAUGAAUGAUUUAUGUAAUUCUUGUCUGGUAACUUAAUAUGGUAUUGCUAUGGUGAAUGAUUACAAUUGCACUGAUGCAUGUAGCAAAUGUGUCUUUCGAUGGAAAGAGUUUGUUGGAAAUGUUAGAGGAAAGAAUGUAUCCAGUAUUCCAGUUUAUCUGUGCAAUGGCUAAUUUACGUGUUGCCAUUUUUGGCCUACACAGGAGCGGGUGAUGGAUGAAGGCUUGGGGGACGACGAUGGGGACAGUGGAGAGAAAGGACUGCAGGAUCCCAAUGGUAUUCCUCAUGCUGGCUUUUUCUCUACGACUUGGUCUUUUAUUGUCACGUUCUUCAUGUCUCUCAUACCGGAGGGGCCACCCAAUGCUGCCAACUGA